AUCCGUCGAAACUCCUUUACCAGAAGAAAAGCAGAAGUAAAGGUGGAGAGAGAGAGAGAGAGAUGGCGAGCAGCAACGACUCAUCUCCCAAAUCCAGCCCUAAAAAGGCGAAUCUGGUGGACCAUCACUCCAUCAAACACCUUCUCGACGAAUACAUCUCUGAGAUCGUUACUGGCCGAGGAUACACCGAAGACGUGCGAUUGAGCAACAUCAGAUUGCUAUUGGGGGCCAUCAUCAUCGCCAUCGCGCUCGUUGCGCAGUUCUAUCCUAAGAAAUUCCCGGAAAACAGGGAUUUCCUCGUCGGAUGCAUCGUGUUGUAUAUAGCCUUCAACGGAUUGUUGCAAUUGAUCAUCUACACAAAGGAGAAGAAUGCGAUCCUUUUCACUUACCCUCUCCCAGGAUCCUUUAACAGCACUGGGCUGGUAGUCUCUUCCAAGCUGCCAAGGUUCUCUGACAUGUACACUCUCUCCAUUGCCAGUGCUGAUCCGAAAUCAAUUUCUGCCAGAAAGCCAGUCCAGUUUACAAAGAGUGUCACCAAGUGGUUUACUCAUGAUGGGGUUCUUGUGGAAGGUCUAUUCUGGAAAGAUGUUAGCAAACUGAUUGAUGAUUAUGCUGGAGAUUCUCGAAAGACCAAAUGAAUCCAAGCAGACUAUAGGUACAAAUAUACAAGGCAGGACCGACCGAUCAGGCGAAGUGAGGCAGUGGCACCAUUGCCCUGAAAAUUUGAGACUGUUCGAAUCCUACCUGUUUUACAAGAACUCUUUGAGAUUGCGUGAUUUAUGGCAGACCAUACUCCAAACAUGGUUGAAAAGAGAAAUUAAUCCAUAACACUUUUCUUUCCUGU